UUUGAGCUGCUCAGCGAAGACGGUCGGUCGACGCGCUGCAUCGAAUCGGUACUGGAGCUGUCGAAGCGCCGAAACUUCCGGGUGCUGGUGCGUGAAACGGUUCGCUGCAACCACAACAGCAAAUCGCUGCACGCCGGCGAAAUUCUCACCACGAUCUCAGACAACGGCAAGUAUCUGCAGUGCAAGACGUCCAAGGACGAAGUCGUCAAUUUGCCAUUAGAAGCCAAAGCCAAGUUCUCCCCGAUCGCCAAGGAGGACAGUAUCAGCGGUGUACAUACAGUCAACAAUCUGCUGCAGAAACGCAUGCCGGUGACCGUGAGAUUAGUUCACGGUACGGCACCCAAGGGUCUCAAGCAGCCGUUUGUGCCCGAGUUGCGCCUCUUGGGAUGCGUCGAAGUGGAUCGAAUAUUUGCUCUACCUCUACAGAAGGACAUGGACCUGAUUGCGGUGCCACUGAACGCCAAGAUCAAGAUUCAGCGUGUCAAGAACAUGGACCAGCUGAAUCACUUCAUCGAGUACAGUCGCUUCCUGGACAAGGCCCAGCGAUUGCUGGUUGACGCCCGCGAUCGGUUGCAGAUCAUCGACCUCAAAUUGGGCGAGAAGGAGAAGAAAGAUUCGUCGAAGCAUCCGGAGAAGAAGCUGAAUUCGACCCUUUCCAGCCUUACGGCCAACGGGUAUGUGCUGAAGAAAAGCAGUAGCUGUGAUUCCAAUCGAUAUUCGCCUCCGCCAUCGGCAGCUCAGCCAGGUGGCGGUAGUGGAUCAAGUCAAAAUGAAUCGAUUGCGGACGAGUACGACGAGAUCGAUCAGAUCUAUGACUACGUUCGAGGGUUGGCUCCACUGCCGAAGAACUUGAGCAAGUUUGAAGCGAUCGUAGAACCCCCUUCGCCUCCGAUUACGCAUCAACAUAACCUUAAAACAGUGGAAAACAUGAAACCCGCGAAUAACAGUAACAAUAAUAACAACAAUAACAACAGCUACUACAGUAACCACUACGACACCGGUAACUACUCGAAUCUGAUCAACCGGAGUAGCAGUAUCAUGAAUGGCAACAGUUUGGAAUCGACGAAGCAAAGUUCGGCCGCCGCAGCCGCUGCGAAUGCCAUCAACAACAACCACAUUCACGUCGGACAUGGCGGUGGCGGUAGUAAGGACAUUGACCACACCAAGCCAAUUCCUCCGCCGAUCGAAACAAUCCCGGGUAAAAAGUUGCCCGAAAAACGACAACGACCCACAUUGCCCAAACUGUACUUCAAGAACAGCCUGGGGAUGGUGCAUCAGAAAAGUCCAACCAUGGCGACCGUCGGAAGUCCCAUAGGCGGUGGCACCAAUGGACCAGUUCCAGCUCUUAAUAUAGUGGGUACACCCAAAGAGAUCAUCGUCGAGCCGCAGAGUCCGCUGUUUCACAUAAGAUACAAAAGUCUCAGCUCGCUGCAGUUGGCGCAGGAUUCGCACCCGGCAACGCCCAUAUCGCCCUCGCCGAAGGGCGGCACUCAGGAGAAGAACCACGCGCUCUCGAAGUCGGCCAGCAUGGGUCAGCCGGGAGGAAUGGUCGUGGUGGGUCGCGAGGGGACGCUGGAUUCUUCCCGCAGUGGCGGGCGCACCUCGGGAGACUCCAAGCUACCGGAGAAGAAAACCCGGCGGCUCAGCCGACCCCGAAGCCUGUCCAAUCUGGUUUGGGACCUGCGGCCCCACAAAUCGGACAAGAGCAAAAAGAAGCUCUACCUGCAUCAGUUCGACCGACAGCAGGGAACUUUGUAUCUGUAAAUUUUCAGGGAAAAUUAAUCGAUACAUUCUAGAAAGAUUUCGCCGCAGUAAUUUAGUCACACAAGAAAGGAAUCAUUCCAUUUUGAAGAGAACCGAGAACGGAGCCCAGUGAGCUGAUGACAAAUUGUUAACCGCAUCUCCGUACGUAAGGGGCGCAAAUCUAUUGUUACAAUUUAAUCUUCGUUUGGAACUUUUCGGCAAACUUUAAAGUUUAACUAACCACUCGAUGUCCCAGUUAUUAGUCGUACUUUUAAAAAAGAGAAAAACAAUAUCUACUAACUUAGUCAAACCUAGAGCGAUGUGUUCGAUGUUCAACUGUAAGCUGUUCAACUGCACGAGAUUAAGUUGUUCUCUUAUGUGAGAAAAGUCAUACUCUUAACAAAAGCUAUAACAUCACAAGUCAAUCUGCUAGGAACGAAACAUUAAUUAUAAUAACCUCUCUUCAAUGAUUGAUUGCGAAGAAAAAAAGAAAAUAGAAGAAAAGUCACACAGCAGGCCAGAAAUGUUCACUUUCAUUAGAAAAAAAACAUUCUUUAACUUAUCUUCUCAUCAUUGAAUGCUGAAAUAUUUCAAACUCAGAUCAAAGCAGGCAUUAAUUAAAGAAAGAAAAAAAAUCAAAAUCACUUUUGAAAUGCGGGAGUUUAAACCCGCCUACUUGGACGCGGUAUAAAUUGCACCCCACUUGAUUCUUAAACAAAUCUAAAAUAAAAUCAAAACACUUAUUUUAAUUUAACAUUUUUAUAGAUUUACUGUCGCCAUUCGUCGAUAAGGCUGUGGUAUUAUUACAGUUUAAUGUGUAAUAUUUAACGGAAGUGCGAAACACGUGGAAGAAAGUAAUAGGUUAUAGGAAGAAUUCCUCAUUGAAUUGUUUAUGUAUGUAGAUUUAAAAAAACGACCCAAACGAUCGAAUCGACUUCGCCCAGAUGAUAACGCAAACAUUUUAUCUCAUUUUACUCCUCAUUUUGAAUCGAACAUACGAAAGGUUCAAGUUCUUUUGCUAUUCAAUGAGUGAUUUGUUUUUCAUCUCAAAAAUUAAAAAAAAACCCAUCCACUUUUCCUCACUUCGAACACAACAUGACUAAAUAAAUACUUCAUUUGCUCAAAUUUAUUUAGUUUAUCGUUGCUUGAUGCACAAUUCCUAGCCUUCCUCAUCUCUUCCCCUGUUAAGAAUUUCGAUUUGAAUGAAAACAAAACCGUAAGGGAAAACAAAUCUAACUUGUAAAGCAGCUGCGAUUUUAACCUUUCAAGCCCUAACCAGAAAUAAUGAUUUUUUUUACUAAGCAAGCUACAGUUACGCGAUAUUUAAGUCAGGCGAAACACUCUUUUAAACUUGGUAACAUAACAAUCAUCCUUGAAUCACAAGAAAAACAUAUGGGAGUUUGAAUUGUGGUUGAGAAACGCUGUAUAGAAGAUACACCAAUUACAUAACAAGAAUACUAGACAGACAAGACAGUUGUUUUAGAACAAAACUUAACAGAAGUUCGAACAAAAAAAAGGCGACCCAUUCAAGGAGCUCUUAACAAAAUUAUUCUUCAACAUUCAACUGAGAAAAAAAUCUAGACAUAGAGAACUGAGAUGACAGUUGUAAAAA